UAGAAUUGUUGUAGUAUCUGUCAUGAUUGAUGAAGAAUUCCAAGGUCAAUGAGUGCCUACGGCGGCCAUACAAACCAAAGUCUUGCCUUCAAACCUGAAGGUCAAUGUUGUUUAGAAUGUUCAAACAAAUGGCAUUUAUACUCAUCUUCCAAGCAAAUAGCUUUCAGACUAGACAUCGGUGGACAUGGACAUCUUCUCUUUCAGUGCUUGUUUCCUCAGCAUCUUCUUUACAGCUUCCAACGCACUCAACAAGAUUUCUCCAUCUGAGUCACUCACUGAUGGCAUGACCUUGGUCUCCAAUGAUGGAAGCUUUGCCUUGGGUUUCUUCAAUCCAGGGAGUUCGGAGAAUCGUUACUUGGGAAUUUGGUACAAUAACAUCCCUAUGCAAAAUGUUGUAUGGGUUGCAAACAGGAUAACCCCGAUAAAUGACACCACUGGCUUGCUGAAGAUAGAAAGCACUGGCAGAGUCGUGCUUCUAGGUCAGAACCAAACAACUGUUUGGUCAAUUAAUUCCACAAAAGCAGCUCAGAAUCCGAUUCUGCAGCUCCUGGAUUCGGGCAAUCUUGUUGUCAGAGAUGGAAACGAUGGUAAUUCAGAGAACUACUUGUGGCAAAGCUUUGAUCAUCCAACUGAUACAAUGUUACCAGGAAUGAAGAUUGGUUGGGACCUGAGAACUGGUUUAAAUCGAAGACUAGCAGCAUGGAAGAACUCAGAUGAUCCAUCUCCUGGGGACCUUACUUAUGGGGUAGAACUCCAAGGCAAUCCAGAGAUGGUGAUACGGAAAGGCUCAGAAAAGUACUAUCGCAGUGGCCUAUGGAACGGCGAUGGAUUUAGUGGUACACCAAAUUUGAGAUCAAAUCCAGUCUUUGAUUACGACUUUGUCUGGAAUGAGGAGGAGGUGUACUACAUAUAUUACCUCAAAAACAAAUCAGUGAUGUCAAGGUUUGUUUUGAACCAAACUGAAAGUGUAAGACAGCGGUACACAUGGAACCCAGAAACUCAGACUUGGAAGUUGUUUUCAAUCAUGCCAAGUGACUAUUGUGACAGACGUGGACUAUGUGGUGCAAAUGGGAACUGCGAUAACUCAAAGCUUCCAGCUUGCCAAUGUUUGAAAGCAUUCAGGCCUAAAUCGCUGGAAAAAUGGAACUCUUCAGACUGGUCUGAUGGGUGUGUACACAAUAAGCCAUUAAACUGCCAAAGCGGAGAUGGAUUUCUUAGAAUUGGGAGGGUGAAAACCCCAGAUACCUCUCUUUCUUGGGUGAACAAAACCAUGAAUCUUAAGGAAUGUAGGGCUAGGUGCUUGCAGAACUGUUCUUGUAUGGCAUACACUAAUGCAGAUAUUAGAGGAGGAGGUAGCGGCUGCGCCAUGUGGUUUGAUGAUCUAAUUGAUAUUAAACAAUUUCAAUCAUUUGGCCAGGAUCUUUACAUCAGAGUCUCUGCUUCAGAAGCAGAACUGAAAAACACGCGUAAGGCGAAGCUGGCCGUCAUAAUUGCAACACCAAUUGCUUUGUUCUUGGGGAUUCUUGUAGCCAUUUAUUACGUCCGGAGAAGAAGGAGAAAAUUAAAAGAUGAAGUUGACGAAAGGAAGGAAAAUGAUCAAAAGAACCAAGGCCGGACUGAAGAUAUGGACCUUGCUGUAUUCGAGCUAGGUACGAUAGCCAGAGCUACGGAUAGUUUUUCUUUUAAUAACAAGCUAGGUGAAGGAGGUUUUGGACCUGUUUAUAAGGGGACACUUGCAAAUGGACAAGAAAUUGCUGUGAAAAGACUUUCGAAGAGUUCCGGACAAGGACUGAACGAGUUUAAAACUGAAGUAAAGUUGAUUGCCAAACUUCAGCAUCGGAAUCUUGUAAGGCUUCUUGGGUGCUGCAUUCAUGGAGAGGAGAAAAUGCUGGUUUAUGAAUACAUGCCUAACGGAAGUCUUGACUCAUUUAUUUUUGAUCAAAGAAGAUGCAAAGUAUUAGAUUGGCCCAAGCGUUUCCAAAUUAUCUGUGGGAUUGCUAGGGGACUACUCUACCUUCAUCAAGAUUCCAGAUUGAGGAUUAUUCAUAGAGAUCUAAAAGCUAGUAAUGUUUUGCUUGAUAGUGAGAUGAACCCAAAAAUUUCAGAUUUUGGCAUGGCCAGAACUUUUGGAGGAGACCAGACUGAAGCCAAUACUAACAGAGUGGUUGGAACUUAUGGUUAUAUGGCACCAGAAUAUGCUAUCGAUGGGCUGUUUUCGGUAAAAUCAGAUGUGUUUAGCUUUGGCAUAUUGUUGUUGGAGAUAAUAAGUGGAAGAAAGAAUAGAGGAUUCUAUCAUCAAAAUCAAAGCGGCAACCUUAUUGAACAUGCAUGGAGAUUAUGGAAAGAAGGCAAGCCUUUGAAUCUUGCUGAUGAUUUCUUAGCAGAGACUGGCAGUCUAUCACAGGUGUUACGAUGCAUCCACAUUAGCCUCUUAUGUGUGCAACAGCAUCCUGAGGAGAGGCCAAGCAUGUCAUCCGUGGUUCUGAUGUUGGGAAGUGAAAAUGAAUUGCCUCUGCCCAAACAACCUGGUUUUUUGUUUCACAAUAGUCCCUUUGAAGCAGAGUCUUCAUCAGGCAACCAUGGAUCAUCUUCGAGAAACGAAAUAAGUUUAUCACUUUUAGACGCUCGAAAUGUUCAAUCAAAUGGCAUCUAUUCUUAUCUUCCCAGCAAAAGGCUUUCAGACCAUACAUCCAUGGGCAUGGAUAUCCUUUCUUUCAGUGCUUGUUUCCUCAUCAUCUUCUCGAAAGCUUCCAUCGCACUCGACAAGAUUUCUCCGUCUGAGUCACUCACUGAUGGCACGACCUUGGUCUCUAGUGAUGGAAGCUUUGCAUUGGGUUUCUUCACUCCGGGGAGUUCCAAGAAUCGUUACUUGGGAAUUUGGUACAAUAACAUCCCCAUGCAAACUGUUGUAUGGGUUGCAAACAGGAUAAAUCCAAUAAAUGACACCACUGGCUUGCUGAAGAUAGAAAGCUCUGGCAGAGUCGUGCUUCUAGGUCAGAACCAAACAACUGUUUGGUCAAUUAAUUCCACAGAAGCAGCUCAGAAUCCGAUUCUGCAGCUCCUGGAUUCAGGCAAUCUUGUUGUCAGAGAUGGAAAAGAUGGUGAUUCAGAGAACUACUUGUGGCAAAGCUUUGAUUAUCCAACUGAUACAAUGUUAGCAGGGAUGAAGAUUGGUUGGGACCUGAGAACUGGUUUAAAUCGAAGACUAUCAGCAUGGAAGAACUCAGAUGAUCCAUCUCCUGGGGACCUUACUUAUGGGGUAGAACUCCAAGGCAAUCCACAGAUGGUGCUGCGGAAAGGCUCAGAAAAGUACUAUCGCAGUGGCCUAUGGAAUGGCAAUGGGUUUAGUGGUGUACCAAAUUUAAGAUCAAAUCCGGUCUUUGAUUACGACUUUGUCUGGAAUAAGGAGGAGGUGUACUACAUAUUUUACCUGAAAAAUAAAUCGGUGAUGUCAAGGUUUGUUUUGAACCAAACUGAAAAGGUAAGACAGCGGUACACAUGGAACCCAGAAACUCAGACUUGGAAGUUGUUUUCAAUCAUGCCAAGUGACUAUUGUGACACACCUGGACUUUGUGGUGCAAAUGGGAACUGCGACAAUUCCAAGCUUCCAGCUUGCCAAUGUUUGAAAGCAUUCAGGCCUAAAUCGCUGGAAAGAUGGAACUCCUCAGACUGGUCUGAAGGGUGUAUACACAAUAAGCCAUUAAACUGUCAAAGGGGAGAUGGAUUUAUUAGAAUUGAGAGGGUGAAAACGCCAGAUACCUCACAUUCUUGGGUGAACAAAAGCAUGAAUCUUAAGGAAUGUAGGGCUAGGUGCUUGCAGAACUGUUCAUGUAUGGCAUACACUAAUUUAGAUAUUAGAGGAGGAGGUAGCGGCUGCGCCAUGUGGUUUGAUGAUCUAAUUGAUAUUAAACAAUUCCAAUCAUUUGGCCAAGAUCUUUACAUCAGAGUGUCUGCUUCAGAAGCAGAACUGAAAAACAAGUCUGAGGCGAAGCUGGCCAUGAUAAUUGCAACGCCAAUUGCUGUGUUCUUGGGGCUUCUUGUAGUCAUAUAUUACAUCCGGAGAAGGAGGAGAAAAUUAGAAGAUGAAGUUGAAGAAAGGAUUGAAAAUGACCAAAAGAACCAAGGCCGGAGUGAAGAUAUGGACCUUGCUGUAUUCGAGCUUGGUACGAUAGCCAGAGCUACAGAUAGUUUUUCUUUUCAUAACAAGCUAGGUGAAGGAGGUUUUGGACCUGUUUAUAAGGGGACACUUGCAAAUGGACAAGAAAUUGCUGUGAAAAGACUUUCAAAGAGUUCCGGACAAGGAUUGAACGAGUUUAAAACUGAAGUAAAGUUGAUUGCCAAACUUCAGCAUCGGAAUCUUGUAAGGCUUCUUGGGUGCUGCAUUCAUGGAGAGGAGAAAAUGCUGGUUUAUGAAUACAUGCCUAACAGAAGUCUUGACUCAUUUAUUUUUGAUCAAAGAAGAUGCAAAGUAUUAGAUUGGCCCAAGCGUUUCCAAAUUAUCUGUGGGAUUGCUAGGGGACUCCUUUACCUUCAUCAAGAUUCCAGAUUGAGGAUUAUUCAUAGAGAUCUGAAAGCUAGUAAUGUUCUACUUGAUAGUGAGAUGAACCCAAAAAUUUCAGAUUUUGGCAUGGCAAGAACUUUUGGAGGAGACCAGACUGAAGCCAAUACAAACAGAGUGGUUGGAACUUAUGGUUAUAUGGCACCAGAAUAUGCUAUCGAUGGCCUGUUUUCGGUAAAAUCAGAUGUGUUUAGCUUUGGCAUAUUGUUGUUGGAGAUAAUAAGUGGAAGAAAGAAUAGAGGAUUCUAUCAUAAAAAUCAAAGCGGCAACCUUAUUGAACAUAAUUUCAUUUUGCUGCAGGCAUGGAGAUUAUGGAAAGAAGGCAGGCCUUUGGAUCUUGUUGAUGAGUUCUUAGCAGAGACCGGCAGUCUAUCACAGGUGUUACGAUGCAUCCACAUUAGCCUUUUUUGUGUACAACAACAUCCUAAGGAGAGGCCAAGCAUGUCAUCCGUGGUUCUGAUGUUGGGAAGUGAAAAUGAAUUGCCUCUGCCCAAACAACCUGGUUUUUGGUUUCACAAGAGUCCCUUUGAAGCAGAUUCUACAUCAGGCAACUACAAAUCAUCUUCUAGAAACGAAAUAAGUCUAUCAAUGUUAGAGGCUCGAUAGAGGGUGGUAUGCUUCAUUAAACCUAUUAUGCUCCAAACCAUCAGCAAUGACUCCAAUCCCACUUGAUGUUUGGGGCAUGUGCUUUUAGAGCCACUGCUAGUGAGAAAUGUUUCAGAAAUCAAACAUGCAAUUAAGCAUAAAUAGUAGUGUUUUGUUUAUUUCAUGGAUAGAUAGAUUGAAGGGCCGAACUGAAGCUUCAUACGGUUAACAUAUACAAAUUCCAUGCAAUCUCAUCAUUUACAAGUUUUUAA